AUGACAAUAGUUAGAUCGAAUCUUGUAAGAAUGUUCGAUAUAGGAAUUGUAAAACAUGCAUUACAUAUAAUACUGUCGACAUUCUGUUUUAUAAAUGUAAUUGGAAACAUGAUUAUGACCAUUGUUACGGACAAUUCUUCAAAAGGCGAUCUCAAAAAUGGAAUCUUCUGUGAAGUCUGCAAGAGAGAUCGCUCACCAAGCACCUGGCAUUGUAGAUCUUGCAAUAUUUGUAUUCUAAAAAGAGAUCACCACUGCUUCUUCUUUUCAAGUUGCAUCGGACUUCAUAAUCGACGUUACUAUCUUCUGUUCUUAAUUUACAUCGUAAUAUCCUUGGUAUAUUCUUCUUACUAUAAUUACUUCUAUAUCUCUUCAAAAUUUGAGAAUUAUGCUUUCAUAAUAUCUUUCUUUCGAAUAAUCAAUCCUUUAUUACGAUUCCUAAUUCCGGAGCCAAUGAGCAAUCGAGAUCUUUAUGUGUUCUUUUUAUUUCUGAACGUAUGUCUUCUUGGCUGGAUGUUGGCGCUAUUCUGUUUUCAUAUCAAUAAUGCAAUAAAAGGCAUUACAACCCAUGAAUCGAAGGAUAUUAGAAGCAAAAAUUAUGAAUGGAAGGAGAACAUAAUAAAUGUAUUCGGUAAACGAUGAUAUUUGACAAUCUUCUUGUAUUGUGUUAAUAGUCCAUUACCAGAAGUGACUUGUGAUAAAACUGAUUAAUAUA